CCGGCAGAUGUCAAGACCUCCGAACUCAAAGCCGCGUGACUGAAAAGCCGCCUGAGACACUGAUAUCCGGAGACACUCCCCAAUACCCCUCUCCUGAGGCAAACUUUAGCACCAAAGGCAGGCUAGUAGAGGACAACGGAAGCUACAUCUUUGAACUAUUCCACUACACUCACCAGGUAAACAUGCAGUCUAUAGGGAGAGACACGAGUUGCAGUAUGCAAACUCGUGCAAGCUUUGACACAGUUGUGAUGUAAAAUCCGCCCCCUGCAUGAGCUGAAGAAUGAGUGACCUAGCGAUUCCCACACAUUCUGAACAACAUUGUGUAAUGGCAUUGAUCUGCAGCAUUUCUAAAAGAGCAAUCAGUGGAAAUUACAUUGCAGCAUUUCUAAAAGAGCAAUCAGUGGAAAUUACAUUGCCUGUCUUGCAAAUUCCCCUUUUUCCCACUAUUUUCCUGUCAUCUAACCCUGGCCACCCAGUCUUUUUCAACUAUGCCAAUAUUACAAAGGCACCAUCCUCACUAAAGGUUUUCAUGCUCACACCCUUCGUAUUGUUUCACUGAGCAUUUUUCCUACAGUCUCCUGAGGCAAACUUUAGCACCAAAGGCAGGCUAGUAGAGGACAACGGAAGCUACAUCUUUGAACUAUUCCACUACACUCACCAGAUGGCAGAUUUACCUCCAGCACAAAAACGCAAAAGGGGACAGGAGAAGAGUGGAUAUGAUUUAGAAUUGCACUUGCGAAAGGUGGUGAAGGGAGAAAUCCCAUGUCUUUUUUUUGGCAAAUGUGUCAAAGUAUUCCCACUCACCUUUAAAGAAGUGGGCCAUCCCAGUGCCAGUUCGUAUCCCCUUAGUGUCUUUGAGAACCCCAAUCUCGAUCGUGAACUGAAGUUUGUACAGGAAGUCCUUGGGAUCCCACAUGAAGCCAAUACCAUUUAUCGUCUGCCUAUCGGCUAUGUACACGUGUACUCCAAGACAGUGCCCUGCAGUGCACUGAAGUUGUCUGCAGCAAGUAGGUUUUUCACUUUCGACACUUCGACUCCCAUGAUGACUCUUCCACGAGAGUGCACAAUUGACAUCAAACCAUUUGUGUACGCCAAGGAUGACCUGGAAAGAAUGGGUGAAGAUAAGGGUGAAGAUAAGAGUGAAGAUAAGACAGAGUAUGCGUGGAAAACUGAAGAGCUUGUGUCCUGGGAUUGGAACGAGGAGGUGUGGUCGCAGCGACUUUUCCAGUGCAUACAGUGCAUACAGCAUGAAUUCCCUGGAGUGAAAGUGGUACCUGCCUUUCUGUGGAAACCAAAUGGCUACCAGGCGGAAAUCAGCACGAUAUUUUCAAAAGUAAAGUUUAUACACGCAACUCCCUUUCACGGGAUGACGGACAUUUUGCUAGUUGGAGAGAAGAGCCUUGGGCUCAUUCGUGUACAGGAGUGCUCGGUUGAUAAAGAAGCCACUUGUCCAGUGACUAUAGCGGGUGAGGUAAACAUGUGGCCAGAGAAGAUGGGAGAAUUGCUGGCAAGCAUGUAUUUUUUUGGAACACUCAACUAUGUCAACAACCUACUCCACAUGCCAGCAGACCACUUUAGUUUUGCAACCUAUGGAUUGCUAGCAAUCCGCAGCAUAGGCUGUAUAGUCAUAGAGAUGGUGUUGGACCACACAGGCUGUCAUGUUCGGUUAGUCCACGAAGGUGGCAUGCUUAGCCUGGGGGAAGCCCUAGAGUAUGUGGUGGCAAAGCUCAAGACCCGAAACAACUGAACAGUGUAUUUGCAACCUCAGCACGAUAUGUACCUAUAUAAGUCUCCUUUCGAAACACUUCUCCAGAACCGCGCAUGCGCAGUUCACCGAUACACACAUAAUACAUGAAUGCCAUAUGCACAUUGGCAUCACAUGGUAUAUUGUUACAUGUGUAAGGUGUGUGCAUGUGCAUUGCAUUGAAAUUGUCUACAGCAAGUAGGUUUUUCACUUUCACAGCUCUCCCAUGGUGACUCUUCCACUAGAGUGCACAUUGACAUCAAACCAUUUUGUGUACGCCAAGGAUGACCUGAAAAGAAUGGGUGAAGAUAAGACAGAGUAUGCGUGGAAAACUGAAGAGCUUGUGUCCUGGGAUUAGAACGAGGAGGUGUGGUCACAGCGACUCUUCCAGUGCAUCCAGCAUGGAUUCACGGGAGUUAACGUGGUACCUGCCUUUCUGUGGAAACCAAAAGGCUACCAGGCUGAAAUCAGCACAAUCUUUUCAAAAGUGGAGUGUAUACGCGCAAUUCACGGGAUGACGGACAUUUUGCUAGUUGGAGAGAAGAGCCUUGGGCUUAUUCGAGUUCAGGAGACGACAGUUGUAUGCUCUGUUGAGGUAGGGGUAUAUAAAGAAGCCAUUUGUCCAGUGACUAUCGCGGGUGAAGUCAAAGUGUGGCCAGAGCAUACAGCAAUCAGUGCACUUGAUUAUAUCCGCCGCCCACAAAUAUUCGCGAUAUUUUAUGACACAACCUUGCGUAAACAGUUUUGACUAGUGCACUUCCGGCGGCAAGGUGAACGCGAACAGACUUUAGGACAUACAGUGAUCCAGACAAUGAGCCUGGCAAAGCUGCUGGAGCUGCCGCAAGCAAACUUUAGUAGAAACCUGUUUUACACAUGUGCAGGACAGGAAGAGCCACUUACAAUUUCUGGAGCAAGAUUCCAUAGUGCAGUACUUAUCGCACAUAAUUAUGAAAAAGGAUGCCAACAAGAAGAUGCUUUAGCCGACAACAAAAAUCAUACAUCCAUCCCUACAUCUUUCUUUACUCACACAUCCUCUACUGAUAUGUUGUGAAUUAUAUCUUACAUGCU